AUGGCGUCCGUGCCGGUAUCAGGAGUCAGCUCAGCCACUGUCUUACUCAAUAACGGCGUCAGCAUGCCUAAGGUUCAUCUUGGAGUCUACCAAUCUACGAAUCGCACCAAGAAUGCAGUGAAGUGGGCGUUGCAGGCAGGAUAUCGAGCUAUUGACUGCGCAGAAACGUACGGAAAUGAGAAGGAAGUUGGCGCUGCUAUCAUUAGCUAUCUCAAAGCCAAUCCUGAGUUGAGCAGAGAUGAGAUUUGGUUCACAACCAAAUUGCGAGUAAACACGAGUUACGAUGUCACGAGAUCAUCGUUGAAGGGCAGUAUCAAGAGGACAAAAUUGGGAUAUGUUGAUCUAUAUCUCUUGCAUACGCCUUCUGGUGGACGAGAAAAGAGACUGGAGUGUUGGAGAGCGUUGGAAGAUGCUCUGAUAGAGGGGGAAGUCAGGAGUAUUGGUGUGAGUAAUUAUGGGAUAAAACACCUUCAGGAGCUUCUUGAUUCAAAGCCAAGAGUGAUCCCAGCAGUCAAUCAGAUCGAAGUUCAUCCGUUCAACACCCACUCCAAUCUCACAGCAUUCUGCCAAAAACAUGGAAUUGUUGUUCAAGCGUAUUCCCCUCUCGUUCAAGGAAGACGUAUGGAUCAUCCUACUAUCGUGGAACUUUCAAAGAAGCAUAAGGUAUCUCAAGCUCAAAUUCUGCUGAGAUGGGGCAUUCAAAAGGGAUUUGUAGUGUUGCCGAAGAGUACAAACCAAGAACGCAUCAUUGCCAAUGCAGACAUCUGGGAGUUUGAGAUUGAAGAAACUGAUAUGGAACGUCUCGAUGGACUGGAUGAAGGUCUGGUAACCGAGUGGGAUCUUCUAGAUACAGAAUAA